CUGUUCACCUUGCUGCCUUGCUCCUUGAUCCUUACUACCGAACGCCGUCGUGAUCUCGCCACUCCGCCCUCCGCUCCUCCGCUGCUCACACCUCAACCACCCACUCGCCUCUCCGUGCUCGUACCUGCUACGACCACACACGUAUACAAGAUGGUAUUCUACUUCACGUCAAGUGGUGCCGAGAGCUGCUGCACCUACAGCAGCUGACUGCACUUCAGCACGUUCCCGCAGGUGCCACAGACGGGCAUAUGCUGUACAUGGGCAAAGACAAGUACGAGAACGAGGACUUGAUCCGGUACGGUUUUCCAGAAGAUGUCUGGUUUCACGUCGACAACUUGAGCUCCGCUCACGUCUACCUCCGAAUGAAUCGGGGAGAGAAGCUAAAAGAGCUCGAUCCUGCGCUGCUUGUGGAAUGCUGCACUCUCGUCAAGGCAAACUCGAUCGAAGGGUGCAAGCGGAAGGAAGUCAACGUUGUCUACACUCGGUGGCAAAACCUUGAGAAAAAGGCUAGCUAUGAGGCGGGACAGGUGGGCUACAAGGACGAGAGCAGGGUGUUCAAGUGUCGGGUGGAAAAGACCAACGCUAUCGUUAACGCUCUGAACCGCACCAAGCGCGAGGAGCAUCCGAAUCUCGCCGAGUUGCAGGAGGAACGGGCGAAGGAACACCGGAGAGAGCAGAAAGCCUUGAGAAAGAAGAAAGAACUCGAAGAGAAGAUUGCUCGGAAGCAGAAGGAGGAAGAGAAACGACUGCGAUCAUACGACACGUUGUUUGAGGAGUCUAAGAUGGCGUCCAACGCCGAUGUUGCUGCCACAGAAGACGCGUCCGCUUCAAUCGCUUUCGAGGACGACUUCAUGUAAACCACUCAGUAUGCUGUUGUCGGAGUGGCUAAAAACCCACUCAGGGUGGGGCUUUAGCAAUAUGUAUUUGGCGAUGUUUCUACUUUUGGUCGAUACAGGCUCAGUUUGUUGUGGGUGCUGCAGAAGGAGAACCCGAACCGACAGCCUGCAGCAGUCCACUGGGAUCUUCUGGACGGCGUCGUGGCGACAUUUUUCACGGAUCAAUCACUGGCGGAUUUCGUGUCGUGCUUUGACGGAGUGCUGUCGGCUUCUUUAAGUGAAAAAGAUCGUUCACUAGCUCAUCCCCCGGUACUUUAUGCCCGUGCCAAGUGGCAGGUCGACGAGAAGAGGAAGAAUUCGUUUGUGUAGGGAUGUUGUGCGUUGAUAGUUUUGCUCAUUGUGAUCCGUAUAAUUUAGAUUCAUUUUGGUUUUCCUCCACGUGGCACUCCGUUCAAUUGAGAACAAUGUUCGUACAGCGAGGUAUUCUGAUGGCAGGUUUCUCGGUG